AUGGAUUUUAAGGAGAAGGUUGAUUUUUUGUGUAAAAGUUAUAGUUAUUUGAAGUCUACCAUUGAUCAUUGGAUCAAUCGUGCUUGGAAUCAGUUCCCAGGAAACAAAGAUAUUUUCGAAAGUAAAUUAGAAGGUGAAGUUUCCAAGGAUUUUUCGAAUGUUGAAAAACAAAAUGAAGAUGUUAUGCUUUGUCAAGAGUUAAGAGAUGUUCAACUUGAUCAACUGUCAAUGGCACAAUUUUUGGAUCAUCCUAGGCUUCAUGAACAGUCGGUGGUGUUAAUAAAUUCAAAUGAAGUUUUGGAAGAUCAUAGUAUUGAGACAAGCAAAAUAUUGAGUCAUCCAAUUGUUUCAAAUCAGUUUUAUGAUCCUGAUGCUAUUAUUUCAAACACUUUAGGAAAUCCUUCUCGUGUUUGCUCAAAUCAAGCUUUGGUUAUUGGUGAAUCUUCUACAAGCAUUGAAGGUGAAGGGUCUUAUAGCAUCAAUACCAAGCCAAGUAGACCAAAAAGAGAUCUACAACCUGGUCUAGCACUUUGUUCACCUUAUCAUAAAAAAGAAGUUGAUACAACUGAACGUGUUUCACGUUUGGAAGAAAGGGUUACGGGUUCUUUGUUUGUGGCUAUGUGUAAUCCCAGGGAAAAAGUCUAUGAAUCUGCCAAUAGAUUUGUUGGUAUAAGAUCUGUGAUUGAGUCACUCAUACCGGGUUAUAGGAUUCACAGAGAACAAGAAGCAUCACUGGUGCCGAUCAAUAGCGGUUUUGAGUAUAUCAUUGAAUCAAUUUACAUCGAUGAAGACUUUCAAAUUUCAAUGUCGCUCCUUCUGGUACCUAUGUUUGCUCCUGUGCAGCAAGCAAAGUAUCCUUGGUUCCACUGCCAAGCAAAGAUUCCUACAAAUAAGACAUCAACAUGCUAUUGUAAUUCUGGUAAAUUUUCUUCCCUAAACAUCGUUGUCAAAUGUUUGGACACCAGAAUUGGGACCCUGUAG